UAUCAUUCGCUUACUUUCCACCCUCGACAGCUAAGAUGAUCCGCAGUGUCGUGCUGGUGGUGAGCCUUGGGCUAUGUUUUGCUGAUCUGCCCCCGUCUUCAGGCUACGGCCCUCCACCCCAUAUCCCAAGCUACGGCCCUCCACCUGCCCCAAGCUACGGCCCUCCACCUACCCCAAGCUACGGCCCUCCACCUGCCCCAAGCUACGGCCCUCCACCUACCCCAAGCUACGGCCCUCCACCUGCCAAGUGCUACCCUCAGACUGAAUAUGUCACCCGGUACACGACCCAGAUUCAGCAGGUGCCAGUGUACACGACUCUCUACACAACACAUGUAGUUCCCACCACCCUGUACCAGACUCACUACAGCACGGUGUACACGACACAGAUCCAGCAGAAAUAUGUGCCACACUACGUCACCACAACCAAGUACCAGCAACAAUACGUCACCCAAACGAAAUACGUUACGAGCUACUCGACCUCUUACGUCAGCCAGUACGUCACCCAGACCGUCUACGACACUCAAUACGUGACGGAGACGUCUUACCUGACAAAGUACGUCACCACGACACAAGUUCGGUAUGAGACACAGAUAAAGUACACUCCUUCAUACGUGACCACCAUCAGCUACAUCACCACAACAGUUUACCACACCCAGAAGGUUCCCCAGUACAGCACCGUCGUGAAGACACAGAACCAGUACGUCACAUACUGCCCUAAACCAGAGCCUGUGUACGGCCCACCACCACCUGUCUACGCCCCACCACCUUCCUAUGGCCCACCCCCACCCACCUACGGCCCACCACCACCCCCAGUGUACGGACCUCCUACCAUCACACCCAGUUAUGGAUAAGAAGUACCUGGAGUGAAGAAGCCCACGCGAAACGUCGAGCUUCCUAGAGUAUGAUAUAGAUCGACUUACGUAUAUAUUCUCUGUGUGUCAAGUCUGAGUCUGGACAAUUAAUCACACGUAAUAAGUCACCUAAUAUAAAACUUCUGAGUAUAUUUACAAAGAACCUCGAUAUAAAAUGCGGCAGCCUCAAGUAAAGUUAAACCAGCAAUAGCUAGUCACUCAGUGGAUACACCAACAAUAGUCAGACAUGUGUACUGCUUCGCGUCACAUCUCGGGGACCUGUUCAGACGUGAGGGAUUAAUAUGAGAUUACUCUUUGUUUUUCUACCCAUUUUUAAAGAACGAAGCAACGCUUCUUUUAUUUCUUAAACUUUAUUUCUCUCUUUAAUUUAUUUUCCUUUUGUCCUGAUCAACAUCAAGUAACUCUUGAAUCUCUCAGGACAUUCAUAUUGUUGAUUCGUCUAUGAAUAUUUUAUAAUAUUUGUACUAAUGAAAUUAUUUAAUAAUAAAGUGAACAAAAUAA